AUGAGAAACGUUGAACACAUUGCUUAUAAGAAUAUUACCGCACAGCAAAGCGAGAAACUGGUUCAAUCUACACUGUUGGUGUCACUCGGAUGUAUUGCAUAUCUGAGAGGCUUGUUCAACGAAAAAGCAUUCGAAGACAGACCACUAAGACCAAUUGGAGGUCAGGAUUUUGAAAAUAACAAAAGGUUUAUUCCUACGAAGGUACUGGUCCGAGGGAUAAAUGAAGACAUCGAUCUUUUACUCGAUUGGCUGGAAAUUGGAGUUUUUGAUGCCAUAAACAAGAGAUUUCUUAGAUGUUUGGCUAUAACAAUUUGCAGUAAUCAGCAAAAACUAGAGGAGCUGUCUGAAACAUAUCUUUUCUCCUUUGACUAUUCAGUUGAUAAAAAUGUUGCGAUGAACAUCUCCACCACUGAUAGGGUUUCUUCGGAAUAUCCCGCCCUCGAUGUAACAAAACAAGAGGGUUUGGAGCUUAUCAAAAGGCUCAUUUUAUCAACACAGGAACUUCCAGAGCCACCAAAACACAAAAGCCUUUCCAUGAGAUUACUGUUCAACGAGAGCUGUCCUCCAAGGUACCAGCCACGUUUCUUCAUGGAUGCAUCUGAAAAUCCACCAGCUACCAUCAAGCUCAAAACCAGCAAUGCAGCCAAAUCGAAUUCCAUCGGUAACAUCAAAGCAAAAUUUCACAACUUUGAGGCUUGGAUUUUGCAUAGUGUUGGUAUUGACGAUGCCCGUAGUGGUCAAGCUUCAAACGUGAAUAUUUUCGACUUCAUAGACAGUAAUAUUCUCAAGCGGAAGCCACAAACACAAAUGCCUGUGACCCCAGAAGAGGACUACAAUCUGCCCAACUCCAAUAAUUUGAAGAGGGUCAAUUUAGGGAAAAAUGUGGGGACUUUCUUCAUUAACUCAUCAGUUGUAUACACGCAAGAAGUUUCAAAAUCAAAAACAGCCACUCCAGGACCGAGAUGUGAAUGCGGUUCCAGGGUAUCUCUGUUAUAUUCAAAGGAAUUUCAGUGUUCCAGGUGUCAAAAAGCAGUCCACUCUGUUUGCUACCUUGAAAGUGGUAUCCCCUGUGUCUGUUUUUCAUGUAGGGCCAUUGAAACUGGAGGCAAGGUCCAUAACGAGUUGCCGAUCCUGAUGAAUAUCAGAAAGACGUACAGUUAUCUUAAAAUAGCAAUACCUCAAAGCCUGGAAGUGCUGAUUGAAGCCUUGGGGUACGACAUAAACAACGAAAGCGUGGACCUUGUUACGAAGGUCUUAACUGUCAUGGCAUUUGACAGACUGGUUCUCAUUACACAGACUCCAUUUAUGCUCCAAAAAUCAGAAAAGAUGAUCAACGCUUGUUUCAUGUUUGAAGUUCAGUGGGACGGGAUCCUUUUGGAUAAUAAGCCUUUACCUAAAGGAACUUAUGCGAUGACGUUCAUGCCGUUCGCACAAGGUGUGAAAGCAUGUGAAGAAUAUCUCAGCCGGUACCGUGACAGGAAAAAGUACUAUUUUGAGGAGACAGUCGGUUUUGGUGUCAUGACGAAUGACCCUAAUACUCCCGCUAGUCUGAGCUGCUCAGAAGUCGAAAUCAGGUCUUCAUCGCUUGUGGAUACGUUUGAUAAAGAUCCGAUAGAAUCUCCAGAUUUCAUUACACAUGCCGAAGGAGGUUGUUCCGAAGACGAGAUUGAAGUAGAAGUCUCGCUUUCGAACGAACCUGAUCUGAAGAAGGCAAGAAAGGUAAGUGUUACAAAGGCGGUGCUCAGGAACAUCUAG